AUGUCCAAACUUUCCACAAGUCAGACUUUCUUAAAAGCGAUAGGAGCAAAAAUUCCAAUCAUUCAAGCGCCAAUGGCAGGGAUUUCAACUCCUGAAUUGUCAUAUGUUGUUCAAAAGACCGGAGGAAUUGGCUCUAUACCUUUCGGUGGAGUUGAUCUAACUAAAGGGAUUGGGCCGCUUGUCAAAUUGAUAGAAGACUUUAAGUCGUUGAGUAGUGACUCCAAUAUAGUCAACUUGAAUUUUUUUUGUCAUGAUUAUAAAGAACAAGCACGGCCACUGGAUGAACAAAAAAAGAAUUGGAUCUCAUUACUAGAAGAAUCCUCUGGAUCAGUUAUUGGUGAUUUGGUCAAUUUCAGGAAUGCAAAUGUUUCGUUGACUGAAAUUGAAGAUCGUUAUCUGGAAAUUUUUAGUGAACUUCUACAGUAUUUAUGUGAUUAUAGACCAAAAAUGGUCAGCUUUCAUUUUGGACAUCCUUCCAAGAACGCUAUAUCGAUUCUAAAAGACAAUCAAAUAAUGGUUUUUGUCACAGCAACUUCGGUCCUGGAAGCGAAAUAUUUAGUCGAUUUAGGAGUUGAUGGCUUGAUCUUGCAGGGAUUCGAGGCAGGUGGACAUAGGGGAAAUUUCUUAACAACCACUUUGUUAGACGAGUGUCUUUCAACAUCUGCACUAUUUAAACAGGUGAAGCGCCAUUUAGGUCAAAACGCUGACAAGGUCCACUUGGUACCAUCUGGUGGGAUCGUAGAUGGCGAAACUAUCGCAUCAUAUUUAUCUCAAGGAGCUUCUGCAGUUCAACUUGGUACUACGUUCUUGACUGUUCCAGAGUCUAAUUCAUCAGAUUUUAUUAAAAAUCGUAUUUUGCAGCACAAUGGCGAACCUACGAUAAUGACAUCCCUAGUGUCAGGUAAACCAGCAAGAGCUUUAAGGACAAAAUUUUUAAAAGAUUUGGUUUCUUACUAUGAUAAAACUCCUACUAUACAAACUCAGCCACCGUAUGGUUGGGCUUACAGUGCUUACAAGCAAUUGGCUCAAAUCAAGAAGGAUCCGCAGCUUGGAUUUUAUUUGGCGGGACAAAAUUAUACACUUAUUGACCCCACAUUAAAUACUGAACAAGUCAUGAAAAAGCUCUCUUCUGAAAUAAACAAUAAGAACUCUUCUACUUAA